AUGGCGGAUAACCAAAGCGAAAUAAGCUCUGCAGACUCUGCUGAAGCUCAGAAUCAACUACAGAAUGAGCAAUCAGAACACCUCUCAGACUCACCAUGGGCCAAAUUUACCGCGGAACAACUUAUGGAAAACUGUCCAUACACAGUUGCACUCAAGGUCAUCAAUACAGCUCUCUGGGGUGUACCCGCACCGGCGGACGCAAAUGAGACACACGCAACAACGUGGGUCGCUAAAGCUAUCCACGACUACAAUGUGUCAAUGGCCUGGGACGAUGACCUCUUCAUUGACUACAAAUGGGACUUUGAAGGAUGGACGAAGGAGCUAUUUAGCAAGGUUGAGCGUGGUACACUAAGGUCUCUUAAGAGUGUGCUACGACACCGGGGAGUAUACACUGGCAACAAUCACGCCAGGGUGGCGGACUCUCUCUACAACAUUCUAGGUAUAGAGAAUACUCUUGAAUGGGAACCAGCAGAGUUUCGAGCCAUGAAAUUCGACCAACAGUCCGAAGCGUACCAGCGCCAGCAGAGCAAUAAACGCCAACAGGACACUCAGCACACAGUCUAUCCAGCUGUACAACAACCACCGCAAGUACAACAACUGCCGCAAUUACAACAACCGCCGCAAUUACAACAGCCACCGCAAGUACCACAGCCGUCGCAAUUACAACGACCGUCGCAGGGCGAGCAACAAGAGCAGUAUAGAUUCUCUAAGCUAUGGGACAAUAGCAACAAGUAUACAGGGAAUGCGUACGAUCUCCUAGACGAUAAGAUCAAGAUCUUCUUCAGCAUCUGCUGGCAGGUAGAUAUCCAAGAAGAGCAGUUUCACGCAGUGUUUCCCCGUAUCCUUACCGGACGUGCAGAGACAUUCUACAUACAGGUUGUAGAGAGAGAUGACAGCUUUGCUGAUGCGUACAUGGCAAUCAAAAACCACUUCGACCAUGACGUCCAUCACCAGCACUACUACACAGACUGGACGACUACAACCUUCGCUCGCACCCGCACAGAGAACCCCGACAAGGGACUACACGAGGUUCUGCAGAUCCUGCUUGACAAGCUGCAGCUAUGCCAGCGUGCCCUUGGCAAGAACUUUGAGGGCGAGGAUGCCCUACGUACCACUGUCAUCAAUGCCUGCCGAGGAGUACCAGAGCUUGAGAUGGCACUGUUCAAACCAGCCACAAUCUGUGAAGGACUCUUCUCAGACCUACGUUCUGCAGUUGAGACACACCUUGCACGGCAACACACUGCCCAGAUGGUCACAGAGGACCAAUAUUACUUAGAUCGCCGAUACAACGGCAAUGGAAGAAUCCGAGGUGGAUCUCGAGGUGGAGGAGGAUUCAGAGGCGGAUCCAGAGGAGCAUAUCGAGGAGGCGAGCAGCGCGACGACAACGGACGAGGAUUCAAGCCACGCUGGAGGAAGAAAUGCUUUGUUUGCCAGAAGGAAGGAUGCUGGUCUACCAACCACACAGACGAAGAGCGCAAGGCUGCCCUUAGGAUGGAUACGUCUACAGCAGGAAAGGCAUCUAUCAAAUUCGGCAAGGGCGAGGCUACAUCAUCUAUUGGCACUGCACAGGUCUCUACAGACAUUGGGACGAUCAACUUUGAGGUGCUUGACGCACCUACACCAUUCUUAUUGUGCCUUGCAGACAUGGACAGGUUAAAGGUCUACUUUAACAACACCACAGAUGAGCUAGUCCAGGGUGACGUACACAUCCCGGUGAUUCGCAAAUGGGGACAUCCUUGGUUCCAUCUGAACAAAAGAGAGAGAGCAACUGUGUUCCUGACAGAGACAGAGUUGCGACGGCUCCAUCGACGAUUUGGACACCCAGCUGUCACGCGACUUGUUAAGCUCUUAAAGGAUGCUGGCUAUAACGACUUCGAAGAAAGAACCCUAGAAGAAGUCACUAAGUUCUGCCACCACUGCCAGCUCCACAGCUCCGCACCGCGCCGAUUCAAAUUCACUCUCAAGGAUGAUCACCACUUCAACUAUGAGAUCCUGGUGGAUGUGAUGUACCUGAGCAACAAACCUGUACUGCAUGUGGUCGAUUCCUCAACAGCGUUUCAAGGCGCGAGGUUCCUUAGCGCUAUCUCAGCUAAAGAAACAUGGCAAGCACUGCGGAUACUAUGGAUCGACACGUAUCAAGGACCACCAGACAUUAUCACGCAUGACGCAGGCACUAACUUUGCAAGCACAGAGUUCCGCGCAGAAGCAAAGAUCAUGGGAGUCACAUGCAAGCAAGUACCUACGGAGGCGCACUGGUCUAUCGGCAAAACUGAGAGGUACCAUGCACCUCUACGCCGCGCAUGGGACAUACUCUAUGCAGAACUCACUGACACUAUGUCCGACGACGCGAUUCUCCAGAUGGCUGUGAAGGCUGUCAACGAUACUGCUGGCCCCGAUGGACUAGUCCCGACGCUACUAGUCUUUGGAGCGUACCCACGAAUGACUGCAGAGUCACCGCCAUCCCCGUCAAUGGUUAAGCGCAGCGAGGCUAUUCAAAAGGCGACGAAAGCCCUACGCAAGAUCACGGCAGAGCGCCAAGUUGCAGACGCCUUGAACACCCGCAAUGGACCAGCCACUGCAGACAUGCUCGCGCUCCCACUCCAGAGCGAAGUCUUAGUAUGGAGAGAGAGUGAUGGCUGGAAUGGCCCGUACAAGAUCGCCAGUACAGAUGGCCACAACGUCACUGUUGACAUGGUCAAUGGUCCAACGACAUUCAGAUCCACUGUCGUCAAGCCAUACUACAGACCGGACCACCUUUGGAGCGACCCCGAUGCGCCACACGCGCCGAAUGAGCCGCAUGAGCCGGUAGCAGUACCACCGGCAGUGCAACCACGCAGGAGAGGCCGCCCUCCAGGGUCAAAGAACAAGCGGAAGGCGCACGCGUACAUCACCAAGAAGGAGCAGGACGAUCUUGAGCUAGCUAUCAAACUACGUAACGAUGGAGUGAUCACAACCUCAGGCGCCCCCUUUGAAGCGUCUGAUGACCAAGAGAUCAGCGACCUCCGAUGUAGCCAGCGCCUGAUUAUGUCGCUGGCGCCCGAGAUGGUACAACGCGGAAUGAACAUCGAGCUCCGUGACAUUACGCAGGCGUAUCCCCAGGCGCAGACAACCCUGAAGAGGACGAUACUCGCACAUCUUCCUACUGAGCUAGUCCAUCGAUAUCCAGAAGGCACGCUACUCCAUGUGAUCAAGCCGCUGUAUGGAAUCGCUGAGGCAGGAGUCCACUGGUGGACAACGUAUCACGGACACCAUUGCAAGGAACUGGACAUGGCAACAUCGACGUACGACCCAUGCCUAUUGAUCACGAACAGCGACGACGCAGGCAUCUUCGGCAUCGUUGGCAUGCAGACAGACGACACUCUCAUGCUCGGGACACCAGCGUUCUCGUCACGUGAAGAGAAGAAGAUCCAGAAGGCAGAGUUCAGGUCAAAGCCAAAAGCAAGGCUGACACCAGAAGUGCAGUUAGACUUCAAUGGAUGUACACUCACGAUGGACGCCAGCAGAGUCUUGACCCUUAGGCAGAAAGGACAAGGAGGAAGGAUCAGGCUUGUGGAUAUCAGGGCACCCGACCGCGCGCAACAGUACACCGAGCAGCGCGCCCGCGGAGCGUACAUCGCAUCAACAUGCCAACCAGAGGCGUCAUUUGACCUGUCCGUCGCUGCUCAAGCUCAGCAACCAUCAGACGAGGACAUCAAGGCACUCAACAAACGCCUGAAAUGGCAGAUGGAGAAUCUUGAUCGUGGCCUGCGCUACGUCACUGUCAAUCUUAUGGAGGCCAAGUUGAUGGUCUUUGUGGAUGGCUCCUUUGCCAACAACAAGGACCUCAGCUCACAGCUAGGCUUUGUCCUUAUGCUCGUCAACGAGUCUAUUGACGUCAACACCUUCACAAUACAGGGCAACGUGAUCCACUACAGCUCUACAAAAUGCAAGCGCAUCACACGGAGCGUACUGGCCUCAGAGAUCUACGGCAUGGUCAACGGCUUUGACAUAGGCAUUGCAGUUGCAACCACGCUGAGGAUAGUUACAGAACGACUUAGACUACCUGCAAUUCCCUUGGUUAUCUGUACAGACUCGUACUCCUUGUACGAGUGCCUAGUAAAGCUUGGGACGACGAAGGAAAAGCGUCUCAUGAUCGACAUCAUGGCGCUGCGCCAAUCAUAUGAGCGUCGCGAGAUCACGGAGAUCCGCUGGAUCAAUGGUGAAGACAAUCCUGCAGACGCCUUCACCAAGGCAUCGCCAAACCGCGCUCUUGAACGCUUUAUUGACGGCAAUAAGCUGACAGUCCGAGUAGAGGGAUGGGUGCAGAGGCCGACAAGCUUUGAUGGUUGAUGCUACACACAGUUACCAUCAACACAUACUGUCACUACCGAUACAAGCAGAGUUACUAGCUACCCAGAAAGAAAAGACUUCCAGUGUCGGAUCGUGAGUAUCGGUAGAGACGUCGGCUGCUGGACACUUCGGCCCGACUUCGGCCCACCUUGCGCAGAGCUUAGGUAUACCUUCGUAGCAGCUGUGUUCGUAAUAAAAUGAAUCACAAUCACC